AGUCAGAUUCUAGCUGUGAAUGUGGAUGUGAGGUAGCUUGCUUCCAUGUCGGUUACGCGUUCAUCGUUCAAAAUUUGAAUUGGGAUUCGUGGGAACCAACCCAACGGUCCUUGAGGCUAGGGUUCUUCAAUCUAACUAUUUAACCACAAUCCCGUCUCUCUUCUCUCUCACACACAGACAGAGAAAAGCACAAAAAGAGAGAGAAAGAAAAGGAAAUGGUGGUGGCGAAGAGAUCAUUCGAGGAUAGCCGUCGCAAGAGAGUGGAAGAGAAUAAGAAGAGAAUGGAAGCUCUCAAUCUCCCUCUGCUUUCUCAAGCUCUCAAAACUUCCUCUUCUCCCAAACCCUCUCCUACGAAGCAGGCCAAACCCCGUGUGGUACAGAAACAAGUGGUCGAGGUCAGGAGGUCCACUCGCUUUGUCAACAAGCCUGCACCUAUUUACAAAGAAGUUGCUGUGGACCGCGUGGCAAUACCCAGAAGGAUUUUUGGUAGGGAAAGGAAUUUGUCGAACCUGGUACUUGCCUCGUCUGAAGCCGUAGCAGAAGCUGAAGAGAAAGCGGGAAAAUUAGUAUGGGGUCUACCACCUGGUUGUCCAAUAUUUACAAAGUCAAUGCAGCCAUAUCAUGUCGCUGGUGGAUUUUGGCUGGUAAGAGAAUUGGGUCUUCCAUCUAAUUUCUCCGAGCGGAACCUUCCAAGUCAUGAUGCUGUUAUGACUUUGAUAGAUGAGGAUGGGGAUGGGUAUCCAACAAAAUAUCUAGCCAAAAAAAGUGGACUGAGUGGUGGAUGGAAAGGGUUCGCCGUUGCUCAUCAUUUGGCAUAUGGGGAUGCAUUAGUAUUUCAAUUAAUCGGGCGAACAACAUUUAAGGUGUACAUCAUCAGGGUGAAUGGUUCUGAAGAGGGUAAUAAGCUUUGAGUCUUACUUUCUUGGAUGAUGGAUCCAAUUGAAUUAGUACAGGUAUGGGAUUGUAUCCAUUGUUGGUCCUCUGAGUUUUAGUAUUAUCCAUAAAUAUGUUAGAAUUUUGUAUACAGCUGCUUCCUCAUCAUUAGCUAUACACUUGCAAUGAAAUAUUAAUGAAGAAAUCUAUUUUGGAUGUUGGCUAAAUUGCAAUUGCACAAUGUUAAGACUUAUUGGUUUGGAGUUUAGACCUGUCUCCAAUGGGACCAUGAAAGGUCUAUUUGUUGUUUUUGAUGAUGCUGUAAAUCACUGGAUUUUAGUUGUCUUUGUACGUAUUCAUGAACCAAACAAUUGAUUCCUUCCAAACUAACCAAUUUCCAUUUCCACUGGCAUUUGUGUUUGGCAGCUAUAACCUGUUUUUUAACCAUUAAACCACAGUACUUAUCUUGACUCUCUUAGUAUCAGAUCAAAAGGAGGGAGUAACCUAAUUUUUUACAUAAAAGUUUAUAUGAAAGGCAUUUUACUUAUCCUUAUUGUUCUCUGAUAUUCCUUUUUGUUACUUAUGGAAACAUAUAUUAAAACCUAUACAGAAGUUUUGGUUUUCUUUUGUCAUGUCUUAAGUGAAAGGAGGAAAAAGAUUGUUACAGGCACUGUAUGUAAGGUUAGGGAAUUAUAAAGCCAUCAUGUAGAAAUGUGGUUGUUGAUAUAUGACAGAUAUAUAUAUUUGCAUAUGCAUGCAAUAGCAGUGUUCCCACACAAGGGCAUGGGCAGUAUGCCAUAUCCACUUGUGUUCAAUGUUCUUUAUGGAGACUAUUCAAACUUUGUUGGCUCAACUGACAUAUAUAUCAAUAUGCAACCUUCCCCCACCAACUGUAUUAAACUUUUUGAUUGCAAUUCAUAUUAGUACUCUCUCCACAAGUUAUAUAAAUAUAUAUCUGGUCUAAAGAGGAGAUAAAAUUAAAAGGCCUAUUUUCUUGUGUGCCUCUAAAAUGUGGUAGAUAAGUAUGACAUGUUCUGUUUUCCAUUUUGACAUGAGUUUUUGUGGACCUCCAUACUAAUGUUGUCUAUAGAAGCACUACAUGUAACUUGGUCCACUAAAGCUGUUAGUUUUAGCUCUAAUCAAGGUAGAUUUAUAAUGUUUAUUCUCCUGUUAAUAUGGAUUUGUAGGAGACAAUGAGCU